AUUGUUCGCUUUCAACACCACAAUGGCGCCGAGGAAGACGAAAACCAGCGCAGCGAUUCACAAGGCGAAGGUUGAGGAAGGUGGUCCGGCAGAGGCUGCGGUGCAGGAUGCUGGCUCGGUUUUGGUGCAGCUGGCGCAGAAGUUAUGGCAGAAGCGAUCCGCCAAAAAGCCCACGAGUACGAAAGUAAAGGUCAAGGACAUCUCGGAGAUUUGGGAGAUAUUGGAAAAGGAUAACUUUGCAUUGAAGAGUCUUUUGCCGCUAGAAAAUCUGCAGACCUUGGAGAGGUAUGCCACCUUUUCGGCCGUAUUUAUUAUGUUGACUUCCAUACUAAUCCAGUCACAGUUACUUAUGGCCAGGCUAUACGGAGGAUUCCACGAACUUUCAUGUUAUAUUGAUUGUUCUAAUCACCAAUGUCAAAACUCGGGAGCAUCUGCCAACAUGGGGUAAGCUUGAUUGGGCAAUUAGUCGCACCUUAUACUAAUCAAGGUUGUAGAUAUAUUUACCGACAACGCUUCCGAGUUCUCCUCAUUGUUCCGCCGCAUACUAUCCAUGACCUUGGAUUUUACACUUUCCGCUACCAUCCGAACUCACCUUCUCUCCUUCAUAAUCAGCGCUUUUCAAUCACUCGAUAGUGGGAUAGUAAGAAAGGAAUGCGCCCCUCUUGUUUCCAUUUCCAUAUGGCACAAUAUUUCAGAUGAAAAGAAGAGAGAGCGCAAGCUUGAUCAAACUGUGCAACUCCGGAAGGCCUGGAGGGCUGCUUCCAAACGAUAUGAUGCUGCUGAUAAUGCAGUUAAGCCUAGAUUGCGAUUUGAACGCUCCUGGCUCUUUACAUUAAUACUGGAUUUUUUCAAUCAGCUGUACAAUGAGAAAAGCAAGCCAGGUAUGUACCACGAUAAUUUCUGAGAAGUCUACACUAACAAUUUCGGUAGAUGAGUUACUUUACUGCGAGCGGUUUGUGGAAUUUCUUUCCGAUUUACAGAGUCAGUUGCCAACAAGAAGAUAUGUCAACACUCUCCUCCAAGACUUAAACAUCAUAUCUGUAAUCCGCAUGUCUCCGGUUUUCAACGACGAGGACAAUGGACUUGUGAGGGAUUUGUAUUCCUUACUCAAGCAUUACACGUACUUCGCCAUAGACGACUUUACCGGAAUGCAGCAUUCUCGCACGACGGCUUACGAGCUUCAUUGUGCUACGCUGGCUUCACUCCAGCGAGUAUCCCUCAAACACUUCAAAGAGAAACUUACUGUACUUGCGCUGUCUAAUUAUGGCUCGAUUGAUAAACGCACAGAGCUCGAGGACCAUCUGAAAGCUCUCUCUGACGACGAAAUUAUCGAGUUAUGCACCUUGUUGGACUUCCGCACUUCAUAUCCGGCUCCUACCAAAGUUGUCACUGACCGUCAAUUCCUUACCGAGGUUCUCCUCUCUGGACACGAAAAGCGUAAAACAUUUCAGGAGACGGCACGUGAUUUAAGCGUGUUGCCAACGGAGCUGACGCUUUUUGAGCCUGCCCUGUUGAGAAACGACAACUACGACGGAUCCCAGCCUCUUGCUAUCCCUAAACUCAAUCUUCAAUACCUUACAGUUGGCGAUUUUCUCUGGAGAUCGUUCAUCCUCCAUCGCUGUGAAUCAUUUUAUGAGAUUCGUAAACAUGUGGAAGACACCAUUAAGAGACUGCGGCCAUCCCAAGGCCGAAAUGGGCAGACAUCUUUUGAUGGGUUUUCCAAAAUGGCUUUGCCUAUCACCAAACCUGCGUAAGUUCUUAGCAUUACCCACAUAUGACAUGUCUGACAUGAUUUUAGGAUAAUGGAAGUGGUACCAGCACUUGUUGGUGAUGAUAAGCCUUCGGCUAUUCGCGCUGAAAUUACGCUAGACGUCAGCCGCUUAGCGGACAACAUUCGAAGAGAAUGGGAUCAAUUCCGUCAAAACGACGUAAUAUUCCUGCUGGCCGUGCAUGCACCAGAUGAUCCAAAAUUGAUUACUAACGGUGGUGGUACAAUUUCCGAUGCACAACGUAUAGGUCUCAAAUAUCUCCGAGCAGCCGAAGUCACCCAAGUGCUGGACGACAAAGGUCGCAUGGUAAGGGAUCAGAAUGGCCAGAAUAACGGAAAUGGACGUCCCCGCAUAAGGCGUCUGCAGGUGAAGCUUGACGCAGCCAUGUACAAAGAAGAUAUGGAGCGGGUGGCCAAAGGCAAACCCGAUAUUUACGAAUGUAUGAACUUGGUAGUGCGACGCAAAGGUGGCGAAAAUAACUUCAACCCAAUUCUGGAGUCAAUUCGCAGCUUGACUUUGGCCGAUAUCCCUUUGGCCUCUUGGCUUCAUGAAGUAUUCUUGGGUUAUGGAGAUCCAGCCGGAGCGACGUAUACUCAUCUCUCCAAUCGUCUCAAACAGGUAGACUACCGCGAUACUUUUCUUGACUGGCAGCAUCUGGUAGAAAGCUUACCUGGGAAAUCGGUUGAGCCUGGUUUUGACGUGAAGGGAAGUUUUGGGCCUCCAUAUGUUCUCCAGUCGAUUUCCAAGGUAGCCGAAUCGCCAACCAAGAAGCCAUCUAAAAAGAGGCGCCGGGACGCAGCAGAGCCAGCCCCACAAGAGGUAGAGUCGCAAUCUAUUGAGGUUUCAACAUACAAGCCAGCAAAUACUGGACCGUACCCGAUGGACGCACCAAAACUUAACCAAAUCCGAUUCACACCUGCGCAAGUCGAUGCGAUUAUUUCAGGCACACAGCCUGGACUGACGGUCAUUGUUGGACCACCAGGCACCGGUAAGACGGAUGUCGCAACCCAGAUUAUCAACAAUAUAUAUCACAACUUCCCAAGUCAGCGAACACUUCUUAUUGCUCAUAGCAACCAGGCGCUUAAUCAACUCUUUCAAAAGAUCGUUGCCUUGGAUAUCGAUGAGCGUCAUCUUUUGAGAUUGGGUCAUGGUGAGGAAGAUUUGGAUACUGAGGCUAAUUUUAGCAAGCACGGCCGUGUAGAGUCCUUCUUGGAAAAUCGAGAUGGUUAUUUGAGGGAAGUUGACAGACUUGCAGCAAAUUUCAACGCCCCAGGGGCUCACGGCAGUUCUGCUGAAACUGCUGGUUAUUUCAACACGGUCUAUGUAGAGCCUGCUUGGACGAAAUUUGAAGAAUUUGCCAAAACAGUAGACGCGACUCCGGAGACUAUCAUGGGGGCUUUCCCAUUUUACAAUUACUUCUCAAAUGCACCACAACCACUUUUCCCACCUGACGUCAGCAAAGAUACCAUCUUGGACAUUGCGAACGGUUGCUAUCACCAUGUUUGCAAGAUCUUCACUGAGCUUGCUGAUGUUAGACCUUUCGAAAUCUUACGCCGUGAUCGUGAUAGAUCGAAUUAUCUUCUUAUCAAGGAAGCACGAAUCAUCGCCAUGACCUCAACCCACGCAGCAAUGAGAAGACAAGAGAUUGCUUCUCUUGGUUUCCACUACGACAACGUAGUCAUGGAAGAGGCAGCUCAGAUCACAGAGAUUGAGAAUUUUAUUCCAUUGGCACUUCAAAGUCCUAAAAAGGGACAAAUGCCAUUGCAGCGUGUCAUACUAUGUGGUGACCACUUUCAGAAUUCCCCCGUUAUUCAGAACCUCGCUUUCCGUCAAUACGCAAACCUGGAGCAGUCUCUAUUCUCUCGCUUGGUCCGUCUUGGUGUCCCAACAAUUAAUCUUGACCAACAAGGUCGUGCUAGACCUUCGAUAGCAGCAUUGUACUCGUGGCGUUACAAAAAUUUGGGCAACCUACCUCUGGUCUCGUCUUUACCGGAAUUUCAAGCCGCUAACGCUGGUUUCAAGUUUGAUUACCAAUUCAUUCAGGUCAAUGAUUACAAAGGCAAAGGAGAAUCUGAACCAACACCGCAUUUUAUCCAGAAUCUUGGUGAGGCAGAAUAUGCCGUGGCCAUCUACCAAUACAUGCGACUCUUAGGCUACCCAGCCGAAAAGAUAUCAAUAUUAGCAACGUAUGCUGGUCAACGAGCUCUGAUUAAAGAUGUCUUAGGUCACAGAUGUGCUAAGAACCCACUUUUUGGUCUUCCUAAAAUUGUCACAACGGUUGACAAGUAUCAAGGAGAGCAGAACGACUGUACGUAUUUCACAUUAAACUUAUGGAUCACACUAACAAUAUUCAGAUGUCAUUCUCUCUUUGACUCGUACAUCUCGUGUCGGAUACCUUCGUGAUAUCCGUCGUCUCACAGUUGCUCUCUCACGAGCUCGCUUGGGUCUGUAUAUCCUCGGUCGACGGGAAGUUUUCGAAUCCUGCUUUGAACUACGUCAGGCCUUCGAUCUGCUCUUAGCGCGACCUGAUAAAUUGCAACUUGUCACUGGCGAGUUGUUUCCCAGCCAAAGGAUCCUGGCCGAAGAAGAAGGUGUAGAUGUACCUGGGCAGGUGCAAAUGGAAAACGUUGAGCAUUUGGGACAGUAUAUUUUCGAAAUGACCAAGUCCAAAGUGGACCAAGUAAGAGCUCAGCAAGGUCUUCCAGAAGCGGAGCUGGAAGUCGUACCAAUGGAGACUGAGCUAGAGCAUAUACCGGAGGGUGAAGAGGAUACUGAGGCAAUGCAGGAUGGUUUCGAGGCUGAGGAAUCGUAGGUGUGUGGAAUACGCGGAGCUUUGGAGUUUGUAUGAUAAUGUGGUUACUAUGUUACAUACCCAAAUUGGUUUAUGAAUGAAUGGAAAUGGAUCAGUAAUGAAAAAAUUG